AUGGUACUGAAAUAUCCCGUUACUGGUGCAACAUAUGGCAGUGGCUGCGAUACCGCCCUAUUGGGUGCGGGGGGCCGGAGGGGCACUGGAUGCUCCGCGGGGACCAAUGCCCCUUCCACGAAUCACCUGGGCAGUGCCACUGGCAGCUGUAACGGAACUGACAGACGUACAAGGAGUGCCUCGUAUCCGACCCGGCCCAAGCAUCGAGUAACGAAUUGGUCGUUCUUGUUCGAUCCCGCCGGACGGUUUAUCUACUAUUGGUCAAUGGUCGUCUCAUUGGCAUUUCUCUACAAUUUCUGGGUCAUCAUAUACAGAUUCGCAUUUCAGGAAAUUACGAGAGACACACUCUCAACGUGGUUCGCACUAGAUUACUUCGCUGACUUCCUGUAUCUCUUGGACAUUAUGAUUCAUUUCCGGACUGGCUACUUAGAGGACGGCGUCCUUCAGACGGACGCGGUCAAAUUGAGGCAUCAUUACAUGAAUUCAACGACAUUCUACAUAGACUGCUUAUGUCUUCUACCAUUGGACUUUCUAUAUUUAUCCAUAGGAUUCAAUUCAAUACUCAGGUCGUUUCGUCUAGUCAAAAUUUAUCAGUUCUGGGCCUUCAUGGACAGAACAGAAAGGCAUACGAACUAUCCAAAUUUAUUCAGAUCGCUGAGUCUUAUUCAUUACUUGUUAGUGAUAUUUCAUUGGAAUGGCUGUUUAUAUCAUAUAAUAGCAAAAAAUAAUGGUUUUGGUAGUAAAAAUUGGGUCUUUCAUGACUCGGAGAGUUCUGACGUUGUGAAGCAAUACUUGCAGAGUUAUUACUGGUGCACGUUGGCGCUCACCACGAUAGGUGAUUUGCCAAGGCCUCGUAGUAAAAGUGAAUACAUUUUUGUAAUUGCUCAAUUAUUAUUCGGUUUACUAUUAUUUGCCACAGUACUUGGACAUGUGGCGAACAUUGUCACAUCGGUUAGUACAGCGAGGAAGGAGUUUCAGGAUCAACUUCUCGAAGACGUCGGAUUUUAA